AUGACCGCCAUCAGCUAUGACACCAACUUUUUUUUUUGGAUCUAUAGGAGGAUGGCUACCACGAAACUCAACCUCCUGCAUGCCGGUAGGUCCUUUCGACUCCUUUCAGAUGGCAGCUCCAGCCAAAGAAGCAGCUUCGUGCCUCAUCCCAGUGCAUGUACAUGUACUAGUAGUGACAGAAGCGAAGGUGGACCACUUCCGCCAUCACGUAAAAGAGAAGCUUUUGGCAGCCCAAGUUCCAGUGAGCUACACAAGGAACAAAUCCACAUACAAUGCACGCGGGGCUGCUCCAUGGGAUUAGAGGCUCUGGUUGUGCGGUAA